UAAUUUCGAUGGCAAAGGAAUGGCACAAAGCCUCCGAAAUACCAUUAGGAGAUGGCGAAGUAAACCAUACGACUGAUCAACAAACCAUUUCUCCAAGUACUACUUCACCUACAGAACAAAACUGUGCAGGAGAAACUGAUCCGCAGUUAACAGAUGUUGCAACCACCCUGGUUAAUCCCAAUCUCCAAUUCGGACAGCAACCAAUAUGUAGACAACCAAAUAAUUUAGAAAAAGGUCAGAUUAAAUGUACAGAUAUCUUCAGUGGGCACCAAGGGGCAAAAACGCCGGUUAACUGUGGGACAAUAGAUGAACCGAAAGCACAAUUAAAUACGUUAGAACCAGUUAGGAAUAGUGUAACAGAUGGUUUAAAUCCGUCUGGACAGGAAGGAGCAGAACAGAUGCAGGUGACACAAAUCAAAAACACAAGCCCACAUCCUGAUCAGAUACAUGAAAAUAAUAUUUCGGUAAACAGCCAACAAAAUACCCAUCCAUCCAAUGAAAAAUUUAUUCAAGAACAAAGCUCUUUAAUGGAUUCUUUCGUUUUGAUAGACGUGAGUGACGAAGAUGAUUCCCACAGUGUAGACCCACCAGAUAACAGUUCUGGCGAUUCUAGAUCAGGAACUUUUACAGAACCAAAUUUUAAUCAUCAUGAUAAAAACAAGGAAGAAAUGAUGCAACCUUCACUAGGAGGACAGUCAGGAAUUUUGAGUGGUGAUAAUUUGUAUAUACACUCUGAUGGACCAACUACAGAAAAUAAAACAUCACCUACAGAACAGAUAAAGCCUCAAAUCCAAGCUAAUUAUCAACCAAGUAUUUCUGACAGUACCAAGAUGGAAAUCACUGUCACUAAUAAUCCAGUAUAUCCAAUUCCACAAAAACAACCGAAUUCCAUGCAAUCUGAUGUACAACUUCAACAGAAAAAACACCCUGAAUCGAAAUUGCGAAACAACAGUGAUAUUUGCGGUUCAGAAGAUAAUUUAAAAACACCGAUGUUGAAUGAAGAAAACAAAAAAGAUGUAUCAACAAACAUGAUGACACUAAAAGUAACAGGAUUCGACUUCCAAACAACGGACGAAAUGAUCAAAUUGUAUUUUGACAACAAGAAAAAAUCUGGAGCUUCUGCAGAAAACAUACAAAUUUCUAAAGAUGAUGGUUACGCACUUGUAACUUAUUCAACAUAUGAAGAUACUGCAAUUGUUCUAGAAAGAAAUCACACUUUGAACAGUCAACUACUUACUGUUAAAGCAUAUGAAGAAGAAGUUCUGGAAUUGAAAUCAAUUAAAGUAUCUGGUUUUAAGACAGCAAAUUUUGAAUUGAUGGACAUGUAUUUUACUAAUAUGAAAGCGUGUGGAGCAGAAGCAGAAACAGUUGAAUUAAGUGAAAAUAAAGAAUAUUUACUUGUAACAUUUAGCACAACAGAAGAAGCUGAAUUGGUAUGUAGUAGAGAACAUAUAUUAGAUGGUUGUAAUUUAAAAGUUGAAAUAUUCGACCCAUCAACACAAGAUAAUUCAACACAUGAUGAUGGUAAAAGAAUAGUUUGUGUUAGUGGAUAUAAAGAUACAAUAAGUAAACAGAUGAUAGAGAUGCAUAUAGAGAGUGAGAAAAGAUUUGGUGCAGUUGCUGAAAAUAUUGACAUAAAGGAAGAGGAAAAGUGUACUUUUGUAACUUUAUCUACGGAAAAGGAGACUAAUAUUUUAGAAGUCAGCAAAUUACCAAAUGAUGUCACUCAAGAAGCUUUGUCUAUGUUCUUUGAGAAGAAAAAGUUAGCCCAAGAUGCCAAAUUGCUUGCCGUAGAUUUGAAUAAGAAAGAGAAUAAGGCUUUUUUGAAAUAUGAUAAAUCUGAUGCGGUGAAACACAUAUCUAAGAAAGAGGUUGUGCAAUUUCACGGUUCUGAUGUUUGUGUGAAACCCUUUACUGGAGAUGUGAAAAUUGAAAAAGAGAACAAAACUUUAAAAAUUACUGACUUCAAUCCUAACACAUCAGUAGAAAUGAUCGAUAUGUAUUUUGAGAGCAAGAAAAGAUCUGGAGCUUCUGCUGAAGAAGUAAAGUCUUUUAAAGAGGAUGGUUACACCCUUGUAACUUAUUCAACAAUUGAUGAUGUUACAAUUGUUCUUUCAAGAGAUCAUAUUCUGGAUGGUGAGACAUUAACUGUUCAAUAUUAUGAAGAAGAAAUUCCAGAAUUAAAGGCAAUUAAAGUAUCUGGAUUUAAGUCAACAAGUUUUCAGUUGAUGGAGUUGUACUUUGAAAAUCAGAAGAAGUGUGGAGCAGAAGCAGAAAAAGUUGAACUGAGUGAAGAUAAAACAUAUUUACUUGUCACGUUUGAUACAACCGAAGAAGCUGAAUUGGUAUGUAGUAGAAAACAUAUAUUAGAUGGUUGUGAGUUAAUAGUUGAAAUAUUCAACCCAUCAACACAAGAUAAUUCAACACAUGAUGAUGGUAAAAUAAUAGUUUGUGUUAGUGGAUAUAAAGAUACAACAAGUAAACAGAUGAUAGAGAUGUAUUUAGAGAGUAAGAAAAGAUUUGGUGCAGUUGCUGAAAAUAUUGAAAUAAAUCAACAGGAAAAAUGUGCUUAUGUUACUUUAUCGAGUGAAAGGGAUGCCAAAUUGGUAUGUAGUAGAGAACAUAUAUUAGAUGAUUAUAAUUUAACAGUUGAAAUAUUCAACCCAUCAACACAAUUAGAUAAUUCAACACAUGAUGAUGGUAAAAGAAUAGUUCGUGUUAGUGGAUAUAAAGAUACAUCAAGUAAACAGAUGAUAGAGAUGUAUUUAGAGAGUGAGAAAAGAUUUGGUGCUGUUGUUGAAAAUAUUGAAAUAAAUCAAGAGGAAAAAUGUGCUUAUGUUACUUUAUCUGCGGAAAAGGACGUGAACCAGGUCUGCACUAGAGAUCACAACUUAGAUGAUUGUUACUUGAAAGUAGAAUUAUUAGACCAGUCAAACUAUUCCGAUAAAGGUGUAUGUAGUUCAGAUUCGGACAAUGAUGAUGACGAUGCCAAACCGUGUAUUAAAGUCAGUGGUUGUACAAACUUAAAAAAACUAAAGAAGUACAUAAGGAAUAAAGAUAAAUUUGGCGUAGCUGUUGAUAGCAUUGAAACGGUCCGAGAAGAAAUGUGUAUUUACGUUAGUUUAUCCACUAAAGAAGAUAUAGACACGGUUUGUAAUACAAGCCACACUGUAGACAAUUGCCCGUUAUUGGUUGAAAUCUACAAGACUCAGAAAUCAUCAGUCACAGACCUUGGAAAUUGUCAAGAAUCAAAUUUAAAAGAGGGUGUUGAUACGAAUAAGACAAAGUUGAGAAAAGAAGAUGCAUCAUCUAAUAUUGAACAGUGUGUCAUGGCUUCUAAUCUUAAAUCUGAAGAUGUUAAUUUAUCUAAUACAAAACAAGAAAAUGGAGCAUCAAGUAAAAUUAAAAGUGAGGAUGAGUGUGUGGAUAUCCCAGAUGCUGAAGAUCAACACUGUGAUAAAUGUGUUUGUGUUCAAAUAAGUGGAUAUGGCGCAUCGGUAUCUGAACAAAAAUUGACAGUGUAUAUAAAAAACAAGAGAAAAUUUGGUGCUGCACCUAAAGAUAUUAAAUUUGAUUCAGAUGACAAUUGUGUUUAUGUAACACUUGCGUCGAAAAAAGAUGCUGAAAACGUAUGCAGUAGAACUCAUCAAGUUGGUAACUAUAAAGUAAAUGUUAAACUUUAUACUCCACCACCCCAACUGAAUAACAGAUUACUGGUUACUAAUAUUAGUCAGGAAACAAAUAAAGAAAUGCUACAGAAUUUUCUGGAAGGGAAAUUUGAAAUUGAGAUAUUGAAUAUAGUCUAUAAUGAUGAAGCUGACAAGGCGAUGAUAAGUUUUGACGAGAAUGAAGUUACAGUUGAUGAAAUUCUCUGCAAAGUGGACAUGUUGAAAGGCCCAUUAAAUUAUCUUGAUGGAAAGCAACUUCAUAUAUCAACCAUUAAUACCAGUAAAACAGCUAAAGUUAAACAACAUGGAGUUAAACUAGAUGAAGAUGAUUUGACUAAUUGUUUCGAAAGCUAUGAAGCUAAUAUUAGUCGAAUUGAAAUGAACGAUAUAGAUAACUUUGCAUUGGUCCAUUUUGAAACCUACGAUGAUUUAAAAAAAGUUUUGGCAAAGUCUCGUGAGGACAAGGAAAAUGAACUAGAGGUAGAAGUUUAUCAGAAGUGUUUGGGAAAAUCUGGUGGUAUUAAAGAUCCUGAUGUCUUUAUUUUACCAACUCCAGUAAACGUCACUCUAACUGGUCCUGACUCGCAUAAAGUAUUGUUCAUUUAUCAAUCUAAAACCAAUAAGCAACAACUUUGUGACAAGUUGGCAGAAUACAAUAUUCUUGUAGAAUGGAAUAAAGAUAAACCAAGGGAUGUUCAACUGUCUUGUACUGUUACCAAGGAUAUGAAAGAUGCCAGAAAGUUAACUAAAAUUUGGACAACAUUAUGUGAGAUAAAUUUUAGAAAAUUUCUUGAUGGUAUCCAACUAAAAGUAAUACCUAUAGCAAAUCCUAAGGUUUUGGAAUUAGUGUCAAAAGAAACAAAGAUUUCAAAUAAGGAUGAUGUCAUUAUCAUGAAAGAAUCAGAUUCAGUUUCAUCUAUUAUCGUGGUUGGCCAAGAUGCACCUCAGUUCAAAGAAUUGACAUCCACUGUUCAAAAUACUAUACACAGAAUUGAAGAAGAAUUGAAAAGACAGCAAGAGGAAUGCACACAACCUAUGGAACUUGAAUAUCCCUCCUCUACCCUUGAGACCUUUGGGGUUAUUGAUCGCAUCAAAGGAAAACAUGAACUUUUAAAUUUUACACUAAAACCGGCUGAAAAGAAGAUUGUAUUCAAAGGCAUAAUGUCUGAAAUAAUGUCAGCAAAAGCCACUAUACAUGAAUUCUGGCAAAAUCUGAAAGUUACUGAAUUAACAGGCUUAGCAAACCCGAUUGUAGAACUAUUAUUGAAACAAGAUGUUCGUGACCACAUAAUGAACCAACUCAAAACACAGGAACACAAAAGAGUGGUUUGGGAAGGAAACGGAAACAAUACCUCAGUGAUUGUCUUUGCUGAAAAUGAUGAAAACUUAAAAAGAAUAACAGGUCUGCUUAAUACUGUCUGUGUCAAUAAACUUAUUGAUGUUGACUCAAAGAUAUCAGAUCUACUUGCUGGAUCAGCGUGGAAUGAUCUUAUCAAAAAUAUUGAAGCUCAAUACCCAAACCUAGUGAAAGUUAAUGUCAUCGAUAACAAGUAUAUAUCAUUAACUUCCAUCUCUGAGGUAUUCAAGCUAAUUGAGGACCCUGUUUCUGAUUUCAUCAAAGAAAAUGUACGGUGCGUAGAAACUUUGAAUUGCUCUAAAGGACAAUUUGACUUAAUGAAUGGCAAUUUAAAAAGUGAUGUAGAUAAGCUAAUGUCAGAUUUGAGAGCUGAUAAAAUUGAUGUUAAAAUGUCACAACUAAUAGGUAUUAGAAUAGAAGGGCCGCAAGAAGCUGUAGAAAGAGGAAGUGAGACACUAAGUAGCUUCAUGUCAAAGAUUAAAUGCAAGGACAAAACUGUAACCAAGCCGAGUGAAUUAAAAUUCUACAGAUCUGAUAAAGGCAGAGAGGCCAUAACUACAACACAGAAAAAGUUCAAAUGUUUGAUUAAAAAUUCAGAUGAGGCAGUUGACAUCAACACCAUCUUCCAGUUGAGGAAAACGAAAAUCCAUGUUAUAAACGGUGAUAUUACAGAUUCGAAGGUCGAUGUCAUAGUAAAUCCUUCCGAUAAAACAUUGAAUCACAGUGGCGGGCUUGCAGAUGCUAUUGUUCGAAAAGGUGGCAACAUUAUUCAAAUAGAGUGUCAGAAAUAUGUCCGUUCUCAUGGUAGCCUAUCAGAUGGCGAAUGUAUAAUGUCUAACCCAGGGAAUCUUUCAUGUAAACGGAUUAUUCACACUGUUGGACCCAAGUGGCAUGAUGGAAAGUCAGACGAGGUUAAUGUUUUGAAGGAUACCAUUUUAAGAGUGCUUGAGAUGGCUAUGACCAAUGCUUAUACUUCUGUGGCAAUGCCAGCAAUAGGUACAGGGCUAUCUGAGUUUCCUUUUGAUCAAGCUUCAGUUGCUAUAAUAAAUGCUAUUGGUCAUCACUUUGAACGAGUACCCAAUUCACCAAUUCAUACCAUUUAUCUUAUUGACAAACAACAAAAACCUCUUGAACACAUCAUCGCAAAUCUUCAAGAAAAUCCAGUUUUUAGACAAAUAUCUUCCAAUGAAAGACAAGCAAGACAUGUGGCACACAGCAGUCAACCAAGAAGUAGCACCCAAAAACAAAUCGGCCCACCAACAGAACAAAUCUUACAUACUGUUAAAAACGAAAUUGCAAAGGUGAAGGCUGAUGUUAUUGUGAAUUCUACAUCGUCAAAGCUGGAACUUAAAGCGGGUGCUGUAUCUGGAUCCAUUUUAAGAGUAGGUGGUGCAAUUCUUCAAACAGAAUGUGAUCAGAAAUAUCCAAAUGGAAUCGGAGAAGGAGACAUUGCUGAAACUGGAUCUGGUAACCUUCAGUGCAGACAAGUUUACCAUACGUGUCUGAGACACUAUUCUGGUAUUUCCGAGGAAAAGGAAUUGGAAAAACUAAUACACAAAUGUCUUGAAAGAGCACAGAAAGCUGGCUACACAUCAAUUGCCUUCCCGGCUAUUGGAACCGGAAACUUGCGUUUUCCUCACAAUGUUGUAGCAAGGAUAUUUUACAAGGCAAUAAAUGAUUAUAAAUCACAUGGAGGCUCUCUUCAGAAUAUAACUAUAGUCAUUUAUCCUAGAGAUCUACAAACUAUAAAGGCCUUUGAAAAUUUAUUAAGUAAUAAUGAAGAACACAGAGUGAAAGACAGGAGUGUUAAAGGAGCAGAAGGUUUUACGACAUUAACCGGUCCUGUCACAGUAUCAGGCAAUGAUUUAAGCCAGGGAGUAUAUAUUGGUAAACUCCUCCUUAAAGUGAAUCGGGGCGAUAUUCUUAAAGUAGGAGUUGACGCCAUUGUUAAUGGUUCAAACCGUUCUUUAGAUUUAUCGAAAGGAGCAGUAUCAGUUGCAAUAUUAAAAAUGGGUGGAAGCGAACUACAACAAGAAUAUAAAAAAGAAGUUCCCACAAUGGAAAUAAGUGGUAUAGCUACUACCUCUGUACCCCCGGGAAUGAAAUGUAAACAUAUUAUACACAUAGAUGUCAGUCGAUGGGGAAGCGAUUUGAAGAAUGGCAUAAUUAAAUGUUUGAAAGAAGCAGAAAAAAGGAAUUGUGCAUCAAUAGCCUUUCCUGCUUUGGGAGCAGGAAUUGGAGCUGGAAUAGAAGAUGUAGCCAAAGCAGUAUUUAAUGCUGUUAGUGAAACCAGUAAAGAAUUAUCACAUGUUAACGUUGUUGAGGUGGUCGUCUACCAACAAAGUAUGUUGGGUUCCUUCAACAAGACUUUCAAGACAUUUCUUAAUGAAAACAAGCAGGCAAAUAGUGGUGGAGAAAUUAGUCGAUUCUCAUUCACAAAUAUUUUGUCGAGUAUAGGAAGUGCUUUCAGUUCUAACUCCAGUUCACCUCCAAAUAGCAUGCAGAAACCACCACCAGCAUGUAAUUAUCUUCCAUAUACAGAUAAAAGAACAGACAAGACACCUAUAACUUUCCAUAUUUAUUUUUUUGACGAGCAUAACACAGGGGAAACAGGCAGGAUUGUCUCGACUGAAUUGGAUGAACUUUAUUCUUCGGCAGCAUGUCAGAGGAAUUAUCCGUUGAAGGAUCUUAGUUCUGAUAAGCAAAGAGAUGUAGAGAGAUUAACAAACAAUUUUCCGGUGGAGGUUGAAAUAAACCAACAUCUUAGGAAUGUUAAAGUUCAUGGUCUCUCUGAUGAUAUAUUAGAAGUACAUGAAAUUAUCAUGAGCAUGAUUGAUAAUGCUUUCAGAGAAAAAAAUGAAGAAGAACAUCAAAGAAUGCAGAAUGGUGUUAAAUUGGCAGGGUUAGACACUAGAAUACCCAAACAUUGGUCCAAUCGGACCAGAAACGAUAUUAACAUUGAAGAAUUAAAGAAAAGUAGUGACGAAUACAAAAUAGUUGAAAAGAAUUUCAAAGCAACGCUUGGUACAUUAGUAUGCAGUAUUGAAAAGAUUGAAAGAAUAGAAAAUAAACCACUGUAUCAACAAUAUGCAUCUAAAAAACUACAGAUGAUACAAGAGCUGACAACACAAAAAGAUGUAGAAAAGGACGUACUUUGGCACGGAACGGUUGAGACAUCUGUUGAUAAUAUUAACCAUGGUGGUUUUAAUCGUGGCUACAGUGGUAAAAACGCUACUUGUUUUGGCCAGGGAGCCUACUUUGCAGUAAACUCAAGUUAUUCAGCUCAAUCCAAAUAUGCAAAGCCAGAUAAUAAUGGGGUUUGUCGAAUGUAUCAAUGCAGAGUGUUGGUUGGAGAAUAUACUCGAGGUGAAUCACAUUUGAAACGACCACCACCAAAGAAAUCUAACAGUGAAGAGGAGUACAAUUCAAUGGUUGAUAAUCUAAGGAAUCCAACAAUGUAUGUAGUAUGUCAUGAUGCACAAGCUUAUCCUGAUUAUCUUAUAUAUUAUAAGCAUGGCGCAUAGGAUCUAACCUAAGUGAUUUCAUGAAUGAUAUAACAAUCUAAGAAAAGUAACAUAGUAUUUAAAAUAGGAUCAAACUUAUAUUUACCAGUAUAAUUAUUUUUUGAAUGCUUAUUCUAUUUGAUGUUACUCACAAUUUUCUCGGGGUAACCACUAACCAGUUAUUUUUUAUUUAACCACUUGGCAUUUAAAUGCUCUACCCGGGGGGCCAAGGCGGGGAUAAUCAUUGGGUCUUUGUAGGACAUAUAUAUACCAAUUCCAAUGUGAGAACAUGCAACUAACACCUGUACUGUUGUUAUACAAACCUUUAUCACCCGGUAACACAUUCUGUAGCAGAUAACGUGUAUGUGAUAACCUUCAGAUUCUACUGAGAGAUACUUCAUAGGUUACAUAUCAAUUUGAUUUGUCAUUUAUUUUUUUAUGCGUGUAAGAAAGGGUUUUGCGAUAAAUAAAAUCUUCUAAUCGUCUUUUUUGAUAUCAAAAAAUAUUAACACUCGUUGGAUAUCAACACAGACAAAUUGCUCACUAAAACGUCAAUAAAGGUAAAUGCAUUAAUGAUCAGUAUUAGUCUGUAACCAUUUGUUUCCUUUUGUUUUGAAUAAUCAUUGCCAUUAUAUUCUUGAAUAUGCAUAUGUAAAUUGAUAUAAAAAUAUUAUAUUAACUUGACUUUGUGUCAACUCGUGUGCAAUUUGUUAUGUAACUCUACAUCCGUUUUUUUCUAUGAUCAUAACCUAAUUUUGGAUUGCAAAUUAAUUAGCUUGGUACCAUUCAGAAUAACACAUAGUUAUUUUUUAAUUACUGGGAAAUGCUGGUUGGCAGUGUUUCUUCUUGGGUUCUUUUACGUGCACACCAAAAUGUAUGUGGUUGGAUAUCUUGUUUUACAAUGUACCAUUCAAUUAGCUAUAUAAACAAUAAUAAUAUCGCACUAGCUCACUAACCAGGAGGUUUUAGCUUCGAUACAGGUGUUGAGUGAGAAAGUUCCUACUCAUGUCAGUGGUGCAUGGAAAAUGGCCUAGACGUUAAUAGCAUCUGUUGCUCAGAUGAGACAAAAAAUCGAGGUCCUGUUAUCUUGUUGAUUUAAAACUAUACUGGUGAUACGGUUAGAAAGAAUAAAGUGUAUAGCUAUGCACAAUAAUCAAAUACCAGAAGGGUUCAGACUGCUUAAACAAAUGAAAUGAAAUGAAAUUGGGUUUAAUGUCCUACUGUUAUGCUCCGACUGGGCUAAUGAAGACGGUCAUACGCCAUACAGUGUGCUAUGAGAGAAAUUUUGACCGACAGCGGCACUACGGCCUACUCUUAUAUCGAAUCAUACACAGUGUUUAAGGUCAUGAGACGAAGAAGCCUAUUGACUUUUAGCAAUUUCCGAUAAUUACGGCCAGAGUUAUGGCCCUUGUUAACUAUUAUAGCGAGAACUGCAGCUCUUUAUCUAAUCUCCCAUAAUGUAUCUUUAACUAUUAUAGUGAGAACUGCCAGCUCUUUGUCUUAUCUGUCGUAAUAUAUCUUUAAUAAAUCAAUUUAAUUAGAUUAGACCGUGUCAGAAAUAAUCAUCAGUGAUUUUAACAUAUUGAAGGAUACGUUCGUUCGUUCCUUCAUAGAGUUUUACGUUCACUUCCACUUGAACCAUACGAUCAUAGAACCUUUUUUAUACGCCCACAUUGACUUCAGAUUGAUACACAGAGUUUAAGAUCUUGAGACGAACAAGUAUAUUGAUUUUCAAUCAAUUUUGAUAACUUGAACAGCUAAAUCCAUGAUAUUAAAAGUUUCGUAUACUAAACGUUAGCAUGGGGCAGAACUUUACGCAAAUCUAUACACAUAACAAAAUUUCGCAUUCUGUAACAGGGUUAAGACAUCCAUUUAUUCAAAUAAUGUCUGAUCUGUUUUAAUCAUAUUAAUUUUAUUAUUACGAUCUCGCAUUCUACGCCGCUCUGUACUAAUGUGUUAUUGUUUCUUUUAUUGUAACUCUAGUAAUAAAACAUUCUUUUUAAUAAUUA